AUGAAUGACUUCCCAGGCGCCCUGCCCAGCAGCGAGCGGUCAAGCAAAGUUGCGCUGUACGCGAUUCUGAUAUACAAGUACGAUGUAGCAAAGCCAGUGUUUCUGUCCGCGGCAGUGGACCUGUCGUCCUUCCCUUUCUUUCACCGGUCCUCUUUGAAGGAGCACAUAUUUUUCCACUCCAGGUUGGUAUGUAGCAGGACGCCCAAAGGGAAUAGAGAAGUCAUUGAACUGGAGUCAGGAAUAGGACAUUUGCAUGUGUACACUCAUAAAGAUACUAAUGUAAGCGUGUUAGUUUUGUCGACCAAGACAUACCCCCUUCGAAUAGCAUUUGGCCUCAUUGACAAUACACACAGACUCUUCCAGCAACAGUGUAGAAAUAAAUAUGAACACGUAACGCAGGAUUUAAUGGAGGGGGUUUUAUUCUCUCCUGAGCUGAUGGAGCUUUUAAGAAAAUACCAAAAUCCUUCUGAGGCAGAUAAAUUGUCCAGGGUACAGAAGGACCUGGAUGAGGUGAAGGACGUCAUGUUGAAGAAUAUCGAUGAUCUGUUACAACGGGGGGAGAAGCUAGAUGAUCUGAUGAAGAAAAGUCAGGACUUGUCCAAUUCUUCGUAUCAGUUUUACAGGCAGGCUAAGAAGAAUAACCAGUGUUGCAAGCUGUACUGA